AUGAUGUUUUUCUUGGCAUACAGUAAUUUGCUAUUAAAUUACACUGAUAGCUCAUCAAAGCAAGGAUCAUUAACCGCCGGAAAUUACGAAAUAGAGUGUUUUGGAGCCCAAGGAGGUUCCUAUUCAGAUAGCAAACCAGGUGGGCCUGGAGCAUAUGCAAGAGUUCAAUUUAAAGUUACAAAUACGAUGAGUUAUGUAAUACAAGCAGGAAUGCAAGGUAAUGGUAUUUCAGGAGGUCUACCUGAUGGAGGAAACGCAAGUGAGGAUGGAUAUUGCGGUGGUGGAGGGUCAAGCAGAGCAAUUUUGAAUGAAACUCUAAUGAUCGUUGCAGCAGGAGGAUCUGGUUCCAAUUAUUACUAUUAUGGAGCUCCAGGAGGUGGGAAUAACACAUAUUUUUGGAAAGAGCCAUAUAAAAACGUGUUUGAGGAAAGAUCAGAUCCUUCAUACUUAACAGGAACCAAUCAUGGUGGGGAUGCAGAGGAUGGAUCUGGAGGUGGUGCUGGAUGUAAAGGUGGGAAAGGUGGUGAAAAUAGUGAUACUAUCACAUCAAUUGGAAUCAGCGGGACAUCAUGUAUAUCUCCAUCUAGUUCUUUCACUUUUACAGAGAUUAUAAAUGGGAAGAACAAGCCAAAUUAUGGAGAUGGAUAUGUCAAAAUAACUUAUGAUUACUUGUGUAUAUCUAAUUGCAUAGAUUGUGAUAAUGGAUCAUCUUGUAACAAAUGUGAUUCUUCGCAUGUUAAAUACAAGAAUAAAUGCGAAUAUCAAUCAUGUCCAAAUUCUACUUUUCAAGUUGGAACCGAGUGUUUUGAUUGUCGGUCAAACUGUGAAAAAUGUCGUAAUAGCACAACAUGCACUAGAUGUGAGCAAGGCUUCUUCAUGAAAGGGAAUGAAUGCGUAAGUUCUUGCGGAAUCGGAUAUUAUUCUGAUACAGAAAAUCGAGUUUGCACUGCGUGCACAGUUUCACAUUGCAGCAAUUGCUUAUCCAAUCCUUCCACUUGCGAUGCAUGCAAUAAUCCUUUCGUUUUGUUUGAUAACAAAUGUGCAGAUACAGAAUGUCCGACUCAUUACUAUAAUAACUCAUUUAUAUGCCAUGAGUGUAGUGAGAACUGUUUGAACUGUACUUCGAAGUACAAAUGCACUGCAUGUCGAUCUACUAGUUUUAGAAUUAACAAAAAAGGAAACUGUACAUUAAUCAAUACAGCUUCAUAUAAAGACUUCUUUGAUGUCCAGACGUUUUCAAGAAGGAUUCAAAAGAACAGAAACAUUUGA